AGUCUUAUAUUAGUUGAUUUAAGCCACCAGAUGAAGGGGUGUAAUUUAAGGAAUAUAGAUUUCUUAAGAAUAUUUAUAAUAAAGAGAUCAAUAUGGCUACGUUUUCUCAAUCAACUGUGGGUAAAGGCUCUGAUUCAUUUACAGACUUUUGUUGUUCGCCGUGUCUAGAGCACAAAAUUGACCAGUGGGCCGAGUUUUACUGUGAUAACUGUCUUAAAUUUUAUUGUGCAAAAUGUAUAAACCUGCAUGGUCAGUGGUUUGGAACACAUGUGACAUAUGGAAGGGGAGAGACAAGUAAGUGGCCGGUGUCCAAGGAAGUGGAGGAUUUCAUUCAGAAAUGUGACCUUCAUGAGGACAAACGGCUAGAGAUGUUUUGUAAUGACCACAGUCAGCUGUGCUGCACUAAUUGUGCUUUCGUCAAUCACAGACAAUGUGCUAAAGUAGCGCUUAUAACUGAGUCAGUACAAGGACCUCUGCCAGACUUGCAACAACUAUCAAGAAAUAUUCAAACUGUUCUUGAAGAUCUGGAGAAACUUCAGAAUUAUUGGGAUACCAAUAUGCAGUCUUUGCAGGUUUCAUACAGCAAACAAUUAAAUGAAAUACGGGACACACGCCAGAAAAUAAAUACAAUUUUAGACAACAUUGAACAGAAUACCAUAAAAGAACUAGAAGAUAAGAUGACAAGUCUGAAAGCUUCGAUCAAGACUAAUGUGGACAAUUGCAGCAAGCUUAAAAAUGAACUGAAACGACUCAGUGACACAAUUCAUGACAUUGUUGAUAAGGGAAAAGCAGAACUCUCGUUUAUUGCAAGUACGAAAUGUCUGAAAAAAAUUAAUCAGUCUGAAACUUAUCUGACAGAGAACUUAGUUCAGGAAGAAAGUUCACUGACAUUCCAGGCUGACAGUGAAGUUCAACAGCAAUUGUCUAAAUUGUCAGGUCUGGGGAGGAUUGUGGUAUGUACUCAGGCUGUGCCUCUGCCUGGUGCCCCAAACAAGGUAUUGGCUGUGCAAGGAAAGUCAGAAUAUAAUGUGAACAUACCAAGUGAUGCAAAGAAGAGAUUUAAUAUAAGAGCCAUCUGUGUUCUCUCAAAUGAUCAGAUCCUUGUUGCAGAUCAUCUGAAUAAAAGAGUUAAGCUACUAGAUCAUCAAUACCAGGUUGUGGGACAUUGUGAUUUCACUGCGUAUCCUAGAGACAUGUGUCCAAUCACCUCAAGUGAAGUAGCUGUUGCUGUGGAUGUCAAUAAUAAGACACUUGAGGUUCAGUUUGUCUCGAUGAAUGAUGGGCAGCUGGUUAAGGGCAGGAAGUUACAGUUUAAACAUCCAUGUUGGGGUAUUGCUAAUCAUCUGCAAGAUCUGUAUCUGACUUCUGGUACUGCACUUUACAAGUAUUCAAUGAGUGGAGACCUGCUUAGUAAGCUGUAUGAGGAUAAAUCAAGUGUUAUCACAGUAAAUAAGUGUGCAGUGAGUCCGUCAGGUGACAAGAUAUUAGUCACCAACUAUUUCCACAGCAAGGUUCUCACCCUGGCCAGAGAUGGCACAGUUCUCCACACCUUUACCGACCCAGACCUGAAAUCCCCAGGAGGUAUACAUAUCACUGCCCUGGGACAAGUGCUGGUCUGUGGAGAGGCAUCCAACACUGUCCUACAGCUAGAUAGUGAAGGCAAGAAGAAGCUGGCAAUUCUUGCUACCAGCAGGGAUAUAAUUAAUGUCCCACUGUCAGUCUCCUACAACAGGAACACAGCAUCCAUCAUUGUGGGUCAAGAAAUGCAAACAAACAUUCUUGUGAUUAAAGUAAAAUAGUUUUGUUUCACAAGAUUCAGUACAAAUAUUUUAGAAACAUGAAGCUUUCCAACACCAAACUCAGAUUAAGUGUUAUGUUUCAUCUCAUGAUUCACCUGGGUGAUUUAUUUUGAUGCUAAGUAAUUUCAGAUCAUUAUUAGUGUCUUGUUCUGAGAAAACUGGGCAUAAUGCAUGUGCGUAAAGUGUUGUCCCAGAUUAGCAGUUACAACACUUUCAGCUUAAAAUACAUUUUCGGUAAAAACGGACUUCCUUUAAGCGGAAAGUGUCGUCCCUGAUUAGCCUGUGCGGACUGCACAGGCUAAUCUGGGACGACACUUUACGCACAUGCAUUAUGCCCAGUUUUCACAGAACAAGACACAUUAGGUUUUAUUGCUGUAUUCUCUCUGAAUGAUUUAAUGUGCAGCCACAAAAUAUGAAAGCAUGCUAUCAUUUGUGUCUCAGAAUCAAUUGCAUUGCUCUCAUGCAUAUUUUUCGUUUGAAUUGUUUAUAAUCUGCGUAUUGUUGUUAACUUGAUCUAUAUCUUGGAAAUGGCGAAUAUGUAUAUACAUGCUUUACUUGUUGUCAUUUGUGAUUCUCUACAAUUGUUUUGUGUGAUUAUUAUGUAUAGUAAAAUGAACUGUAGUGUGCAAUUUAGGAGAGUUAUUACUUUUUCAUUUUAUUCAUUAACUAUAAUGAUGUGUUCUGUUUAAAGAAAUAUUGAAUUUCCUAUAGUAACAAUUAUUAUUUUGUACAGAUUUCUUCCAUCAACGGUUGUAGACUUUAUUUUUGUUUAUGACAAUUAAACAUGUAUUUAAGUAUUUUAAUUAUGUUAUUUUUCCUUUACUUUUCCCAAUGUUUUGCGAAAUAAAGUACUAU